UGGUGUGCCGCUGCGUUUUGCGCUUUGGUAUCGUUUUUAUUAUUUUUUUUCCCCAUCAGUGCAGCGCUGUGUGCGCGGUGCGUAAAAUGAGUGAAGACGCGCCGAGCUACUUCCGCUCUGCAGGAUUCCAGUGAGAAGACUCGAGCCUAUAUAUUGUUUUAGAGUCUGGGUUCGGGGUUGUGCCCAGAAGAUGGAGGCGCUCUACAACACCACCGAAUGCAGCGGCGAAAACGGGUCGAACGUCUCCGCGAACUGCAGCGGCGCCUUCAACAAGUUCAUCCAGCCCGUGUGGCAGAUCACGCUGUGGGCCGUCGCUUAUUUCGGCAUCGUGUUGGUGUCUGUGGUCGGCAACGUGGUGGUCAUCUGGAUUAUUCUGGCGCACAGGCGCAUGAGGACGGUCACCAACUACUUUCUAGUGAACCUCGCUUUUGCUGAAGCCGCCAUGUCGGCAUUCAACACGGUGGUCAACUUCACCUACGCCGUUCACAACGAGUGGUACUUUGGUUUGGUCUACUGCCGAUUCCACAACUUCUUCCCCAUCGCCGCCAUAUUUGCCAGCAUUUACUCCAUGACAGCCAUCGCUCUGGACAGAUACAUGGCCAUCAUCCACCCUCUGAAGCAGAGGUUGUCGUCCACUCAGACUCGGUUGGUGAUCGGUGUGAUCUGGCUGCUGGCUCUGCUGCUGGCCUUUCCUCAGUAUCUCUACUCGUCCACCGCAGUGCUGCCCGGACGCAUGGUCUGCUUCAUAGACUGGCCUGAAUACGACACUGUCGACUUCAAAAAGAUCUACUAUGUGUGCGUGACCGUACUGAUCUACUUCCUGCCCCUUUGCAUCAUGGGAUGGGCGUACAUGACGGUGGCCGUCACCCUGUGGGCGAGCGAGAUUCCAGGAGACUCAUCUGAACACUACGCAGAGCAACUCAUCGCCAAACGCAAGGUGGUGAAGAUGAUGAUCGUGGUGGUGUGCACCUUCGCCGUGUGCUGGCUGCCGUACCACGUCUACUUCCUGCUGCACCAGUUCUUCCCCGAACUGUUUGAGGAGCGCUACAUCCAGCAGGUCUACCUGGCCGUCAUGUGGCUGGCCAUGAGCUCCACCAUGUACAACCCAGUCAUCUACAACUGCUUGAACAGCAGGUUCAGAGCAGGCUUCCAGCAGGUGUUUUGCUGCUGUGCUCCCACCGUCACCAAAGAGGAGCUGCUGGAACUCAAAUCUCCUCGUUACCUGCAAACCCAGGUCAGCAUAUACCCCGCAAGCCGAACGGAGACCGUUGUUCCCGCCGCAGCAACAGAGGCGCCACCUGCCGAAUCGCAUGUUUAUCCUCACGUGGAGGUCGCAAUGAACAGCUCGGCCUCUGACAAGCUGCCCUAAAGCUCUCACGUUUCCACCUGUAGGGGUAAAGAGUGGAGAGGCCCGGAUGCUAACGCUGCUAACCGACCUGUGUACAGGUCACGCAUGAGGUAAACGGCCGAUACAACUACAUGAUAACAUUGGAUGAGGGCAUCAUCACAAUGAGACUUAAGAGAAUCUCAUCCUUCAUCACCUGCACAGCUCAGAGUCUUGACCCCUCGUGUUCCUGACUUGGAUUGAAGAGGAACUCCUGUAUUUGCUUAGCAACAGUGUCAAUUCACUUGUUUUUAACUGUGUUGCAUGGGAGCUUGGGGAGUGCUUGCAGACUGCCUGUCUGUACAGAGCCAGCACCUGUUGGGCAGGAUUAGCCCCUUGUUUUGACAAUGUGUGGAGCCUGGUUGGGUUGCAGCAGCCAGGUCACAGGCGCAGCUAAAUAUAGAGGUCCAGAGAUGGGAGACAAGCCACACAUAGCACGACCAGGGGGGAGUCUGAGGCUCAUUGCUGCAGACAUAAGGCACAAUUUCAAUGUCACAGGUACCAGGUGCAGGUGUUUGUCUGGUGUGUCUUUGCCUUGUGAUGAACUGCUGAUCUGUUUAGAUUGUAGUAGUUGCCAUGCAAUCUUAAAACAGGACAGUAGCUGCGUUUCCAUUAGCCAUGGAAUUGCAUAAAGUGAAAUUAUGAAACUAAAUCUGCUUAAUGGAAACACACUCCAAUGCCUGAAUAAGACACUGAUUGGCUGAUACAUGAGGAACGAAUGAAUUAUGAAUGUAACUCAUGUAUCUGUUAACAUCUGUACCGUGUCAUAUUGAACAGCAAGUUUAAUUUAAUUUAAUCUCUUACUUAUCAGAAACAGAAAAUUGAGAAAUUAUGUCUCUUGGACAUUAGCAUAACAGCAACAAAUAUUUGCGCUCAUUUGAAAUGGAAACACAGCAAAUGUCAAUUUGUAAACCAGAUUGAAAGGACGGGUCAUUCCCAUUCAUCACUGCAACAUUAACUGUUCAUUGGUUAGUAGCUUUAUGCUUUUCUGUUUCUAAAUACAGUACACUGCCACUAGUUCUCCGCAGAUUGUUUUUAUUCAUAUCCUGGUCACAAAGCGUCUCCUGUUUCUGCCUCCUACUGCAGUGUAUAUAUAUGAACUGGAAUUUCUCAUAAAAAGCAGGAAAUUAUUUGGUGUAGACGAAAAAGAUGCCUCAGCCAUAUCAGUUUCCUAGAAGCACAGAGAAGAAUAGUUUCUUGUUCAUUGGAAACAAAUGUGUGCUGCACACUUCAAUUCAGAAACACUUUAUUUAUCCCAAAGGGAAAUUAAAUGUUGUCAUAACUCAUGUUGUCAAAGUAUCUGUAAAGAGUUGUGGAUGGUGAUGCUGUGGGCAGGAUGAGUCUCAGGUAGCAGUCAGCCUUGCGAUGAAUUUUAAGAGGCCUCUGACUGAAGCCAGUGUUGCUGAAUGAGAGUCUCAUGACUGUCAAAACAUGCUAACAGCUCAAUGUGAGGGCAGCAGAUGUUAUUACGCAGAAACAUAUCCUGGAUGACACCAUCAGUUGUUGGCUAGCACUGCUAAUCCACCUCAUUUGUUUUGCCACUCCUUUUUAAACCUCUGUCUGGCUGGAUGGCUAUACGGCAGAGAGAGGUUGGAGUAGGGGACAUGAUCCUUUCUCAUUAUGAUUGAAAGAAGAGAUGGUUUGAACUUCCUCCAUCUCUCUCUGCUCGUUGGUCCUGCUUCGUCCAAAUGCAGAAUAUUGACUGGCUUGAGAAGAUCCUUAAUAACAUUAGUUUAAAAAAAUGUGUUAUUACAAUUGUAAUAUGUAUUAGCAAAAAGCUAUUAGAAUCCAUUUUAAGUCUUUUUUCAUAACCUCAGACAGCCUCCUUCACUCUUUAGUAAAAAUCUAAAAGUAAUGCAGCUGGUGGAUCCCAUCUUCUCGAUGUCCGUCAAUGGAUUCUGGAGUUACUGCAGUGAGUCCGUCCGAACCAGGGCUCGGUGGUCCCAGCAUCCCUUAGAACGCUUCAAGACACAAAUAAACUUCUUCUCAGCUGAUACCAUCCAGCUCACCCUCAUCUGAAGCACUUUGAACUGCUGCGGUGCUGAAAUGUGCUGCGGAAAUAAACUUGACCUGACAACUCAGGAACAGGUGACGAUCUGCUGACCGCUUUUAAUCUCGUCUCUCCCUGAAGAGAUUUAUAAUCAUUCACAUACAAGAGUUGACUUGUGAAAACAGUAACUUGCAUAAAGACUUCUGCAAAAAGGUGUAACUUAAUGACAAAGGUGUUUGUACUCACAUCCGUAACAAGAGAGGAGGAGUUUGGAUAAAAAUAGCAUGAACAUUUACUAUAUAAUGAAAGUUAAAAACAUAAAUCUAUUAUUAUGACCUGAAGCAUUUGGUUUCUAAUUUUGGUUUCACAGAAAAAAAAAUUGUCUUUGCCAUCUCUGAGGCUAUUUUGGACCAAAUGUCAUCUUUGUACCGUGAGAUCAUAUUGCAAAUUUUUUGUGUAUUCAGUGAACUAUGUGAUUGUACUAACUUUGUAAAAAUCUGUACAGUGAUAAUUAUGUAUGCAGUACUAUGUUGUUUUGUUUUUUGUUUUUUUUUUGUCAGACUUAAACGUUUUAAAUGUUCAAACUGAUUUUAAUGUCAAAAAUAACCUGAAUUUUCAAUUAAGUUCAAUUUAUUUAUAUGGCGCCAGUUAACACCAUCUCUUUUCAAAGAACUUUAGGAGAAAAACAAAGUCAUUUUUACCCAAUCAUAUAAACAGGUUCCCAGUCAAACAAACUGUGUAAGGUGUCCAAUGUGCGGCCCGGGGAACAUUUGUGACCUCUGGAGUCAUUUUGUGGUCAUUUUGUGCGGCCAUGACUCCAGAUCAAAUACAAAUCCCCUCAACUCAGCGCAGGUGGUUGAUGCAGAUGGAGACUUUGCCAUUUUCAAUUUUUAAUCAGCGCAAAAUUGUUACAGGCAAACUUGAGCUUUAGUUUUCCUUUGAUGGAAAGACAAAUUUUCUCCAAACAGCUGACAUGACAUGCCGAUCCAUUGAUGUUGGUUGAGGUCAAAUUUUCUAGAAUAAAAGUUUUAAGAAAUAUUUUUUACUCUGUUUUUUUAAUUAUUUUUAUUAUGGAACAAAUCAACUGAAAUAAACAUCUUCCUUCAAUACACACUUGGAAAACAAUUUUUUUAAUAAAAUAUGGGAACUGAAACUUUUUUUUAGUCCUAAAUGGAAAAAAUACUGAGUCAUUCAUUUCUCUCAGCUUCUCACUUCUUGUUUCUCUCUUUAUAAAAAGGAAUAUGAUAUUGAAAAAGGCAUUUGGAAUAGACAGACUGGAAAUGAUAUUACAGAACAGUGUGUGUGUUUCUGUCUUGAACAUGUCUAGUUGUAGGUUUGAACAAACUGACUGUAAUCUGAAUAAAACGACAUAAUCCAUCA